CGUACAGGUGUGGUCAUGGCGGAGGCCGUACUCAGCCAGAUUUCGGGCGACUUUCUGGAGUGUACGAUCUGCCUGGAGCCCUACAAGGACCCCAAGAUCCUGCCGUGUCUUCACACCUUCUGUAAGGACUGUCUGGAUAAGUUUGUAGCGAAACAAGGUGAAGCGAAGGACAGGUUUCCGUGUCCAACAUGUCGGAUCGAAACUGUACUUCCGGAGGGCGGUGUCGCCGGGCUCAAAAACAACUUCUUUGUCCUGAGCUUGAGGGACACCGUCGACGCUCACAAGAGUUUGGUUAGCAAGGAGGAUAACAAAGUGUCUUGUGAUGUCUGUGAAGAAGAAGUGGCUACUUGUGGCUGUGUAGUGUGUGAAGAGUUCUUGUGUGACGAAUGUACUCGUGCCCACAGUCGAUUCAAACGAAACCGUGAUCAUGAAAUCAUCGGUGUGGCAGAGUUAAAAGAGCAGAAGAUCACCAAGAUGUCUUCAGUCAAGUCUACAUCACUGCCAAUGUGUCCAAAACAUGAAGACGAGAAGCUGAAGUUCUACUGUGAGACGUGCCAGAGUCCCAUCUGCCGGGACUGCACGGUAGUGCAGCACAAAGACCACAAGUACGGCUACCUGACAGACGUUGAGAGUGACGUCAGGGCAAAGAUCAGAGAGAAACUGGAAGCUGCCAGGCCGAAAAUUCAGGAAUACCGAGACGCUGCAGGGCUUGUAGAUGAGAAGCAGGCUGAACUGGACACAAAGAGUAAGAAAACUGCAGACGACAUCGAUGCAGCUGCGGAGGAAGAAAUCAAGUACUACACUGGCCUUGUCAGACGCAAACAGACUGAACUGAAAGAAAAGUUAGCGGCCGUCACAGCAGCCCGUUCCAAGCAGCUCUCUGCUACAGCAGACAGUGUUGAGAGCACCUUAGGCUGUCUGUCUAGCACAGUGGACUUCUCACAGAAAGUCGUGGAGCAUGGCAGUGACUUUGACGUCAUGAACGUGUACUCUGACGUCACGGCCCGGCUCGAGUCUCUGCUGAAAGGUCCAACCCCGGACAUUCCUGACGACAUCAGUUACGUCAGGUUUGAGCCUAGAAAGGAAAAAGAGGAAAGGGAAAUGAUCCUUGGCGACAUUGUCGACUCUUACUUCCGAACUGCCAAGUUGACCACCCUGGGCGCCAGCGGCCGUCUGGGCCCCACUACCCUGGGUACCCACUACAGGGGACAGGACCAUGAACACCUGGUGACGCUACAUGACGGGAUACAACACUUCACUGUACCGGGGACGGGAACGUACAGCAUAGAGGCAGCGGACUCUUACUUCCGAACUGCCAAGUUGACCACCCUGGGCGCCAGCGGCCGUCUGGGCCCCACUACCCUGGGUACCCACUACAGGGGACAGGACCAUGAACACCUGGUGACGCUACAUGACGGGAUACAACACUUCACUGUACCGCGGACGGGAACGUACAGCAUAGAGGCAGCGGGGUGGGGUGUGGGAAACCCGAAGUCCGCCCGAGGACGGGGUGCCGUACUGAGGAGAACAUUUAACCUCAAACAAGGGGAAACUCUGAAGAUCCUGGUGGGACAAGAAGGUGCUGAGAACAAGAGGAGCUGGGAUGUAGGAGGAGGGGGCGGUACAUUUGUCACCAGGGGAGACAACACGCCACUCAUUAUCGCAGGGGGUGGGGGAGGGGCAGGGUAUGGACUACAGACCCAUAACCCCCUGUGUGACGGGACUGUGUCCACUACUGGUAACAAGAGUUGUGGAGGAACUGGUUGUAGUGGAGGAUCUAACGGACAGGGGGCGACAGAAUGGAAGGGUGAAUGGAUGGGUGGGGGAGGGGGAGGGCUGCUGACGGAUGGAGGGAGUUCUAAACAGUUUGGAGGCAACAGUUGUCAGCAUGGUGGGGAAGGUGGGAAGGCGUUUGCGAAUGGUGGGGUUGGAGGGCGUGGGGCAUGUAAUAAUGCUGAUGGUGGGUUUGGUGGAGGGGGAGGGGGUCGUGGGUCUGGUGGUGGAGGAGAAGUUCAAAGUUCACCUGUAACGCCGGCUCACCUGAAGCGUGCAGGUGUCAUGGCGGAGGCCGUACUCAGACAGAUUUCCGGCGACUUUCUGGAGUGUACGAUCUGCCUGGAGCCCUACAAGGACCCAAAGAUCCUGCCGUGUCUUCACACCUUCUGUAAGGACUGUCUGGAGAAGUUUGUAGCGAAACAAGGUGAGGCGAAGGACAGAUUUCCGUGUCCAACAUGUCGGAUCGAAACUGUACUUCCGGAGGGCGGUGUCGCCGGGCUCAAAAACAACUUCUUUGUUCUGAGCUUGAGGGACACCGUCGACGCUCACAAGAGUUUGGUUAGCAAGGAGGAUGACAAAGUGCCUUGUAACUGCGAAGAACAUGUGGCUAAUUUCGGCUGUGUUGUGUGUGAAGAGUUUUUGUGUGACGAAUGUGCUCGGGUCCACCGUCGUGCCAAACGUACACGUGACCAUGAAGUCAUCGGCGUGGCGGAAUUAAAAGAGCAACUGAUCACCAAGACGUCAUCAGGCAGGUCGACAUCACUGCCGAUGUGUCCAAAACAUGAAGACGAGAAGCUGAAGUUCUACUGUGAGACGUGCCAGAGUCCCAUCUGCCGAGACUGCACGGUACUGCAGCACAAAGACCACAAGUACGGCUUACUGGCAGACGUUGUGAGUGACGUCAGGGCAAAGAUCAAAGGCAACCUGGAAGCUGCCAGGUCGACAAUUGAGGAAUUCCGAGACGCUGCAAGUGUCGCAGCUAAUAAGCAAGCAGAACUGGACACCAGGAGUAAGAAAGCUGCAGACGACAUCGAUGCAGCUGCGGAGGAAGAGAUCAAGUACUACACUUGCCUUGUAAGACGCAAGCAGACUGAACUGAAAGAAAAGUUAGCGGCCGUCACAGCAGCCCGUUCCAAGCAGCUCUCUGCUACAGCAGACAGUGUUGAGAGCACCUUAGGCUGUCUGUCCAGCACAGUGGACUUCUCACAAAAAGUCGUGGAGCAUGGCAGUGACUUUGACGUCAUGAACGUGUACUCUGACGUCACGGCCCGGCUCGAGUCUCUGCUGAAAGGUCCAACCCCGGACAUUCCUGACGACAUCAGUUACGUCAGGUUUGAUCCCAAGACGAAAAGGAAAAAAAAGGAAAUCAUCCUUGGUGACAUCGUCGAUCACCUACCAUGUUAUAAGUUGACCACCCUGGGCGCCAGCGGCCGUCUGGGCCCCACUACCCUGGGUACCCACUACAGGGGACAGGACCAUGAACACCUGGUGACGCUACAUGACGGGAUACAACACUUCACUGUACCGGGGACGGGAACGUACAGCAUAGAGGCAGCGGGUGCUGCUGCAGGAUGGGGUCAGCACAACCCGACGUCCGCCCGAGGACGGGGUGCCGUACUGAGGGGAACAUUCAACCUCAAACAAGGUGAAACUCUGAAGAUUCUGGUGGGACAAGAAGGUGCUGAGAACAGAGGAAACUGGAGUGUAGGAGGAGGGGGUGGUACAUUUGUCACCAGGGGAGACAACACACCACUCAUUAUCGCUGGGGGUGGGGGAGGGGCGGGGUGGGGACUACAGACCCAUAACCCCCUGUGUGACGGGACUGUGUCCACUACUGGUAACAAGGCUUGUGGGGGAACUGGUUGUAGUGGAGGAUCUAACGGACAGGGGGCGACAGAAUGGAAGGAUAACGGCAUGGUCAUGGCGGAGGCCGUACUCAGCCAGAUUUCCGGCGACUUUCUGGAGUGUACGAUCUGCCUUGAGCCCUAUAAGGACCCCAAGAUCCUACCGUGUCUUCACACCUUCUGUAAGGACUGUCUGAAGAAGUUUGUAGCGAAACAAGGUGAGGGGAAGGACAGGUUUCCGUGUCCAACAUGUCGGAUCGAAACUGUACUUCCGGAGGGCGGUGUCGCCGGGCUCAAAAACAACUUCUUUGUCCUGAGCUUGAGGGACACCGUCGACGCUCACAAGAGUUUGGUUAGCAAGGAGGAUGACGAAGAACUUUGUGAUGUCUGUGAAGAAGUGGCUAACGGUGGCUGUGUUGUGUGUGAAGAGUUCUUGUGUGACGAAUGUGCUCGAGUCCACCGUCGUGCCAAGCGUACGCGUGGUCAUGAAGUCAUCGGCGUGGCAGAGUUAAAAGAGCAGCUGAUCACAAAAACACCUUCAGUUAAAUCAAUAUCUCUGCCAAUGUGUCCAAAACAUGAAGACGAGAAGCUGAAGUUCUACUGUGAGACGUGCCAGAGUCCCAUCUGCCGAGACUGUACGGUACUGCAGCACAAAGACCACAAGUACGGCUACCUGACAGACGUUGUGAGUGACGUCAGGGUAAAGAUCAAAGGCAAACUGGAAGUUGCCAGGCCGAAAAUUAAGGAAUACCGAGGCGCUGCAGAAGUCGUAGCUGAGAAGCAAGAAGAACUGGACACCAGGAGCAAGAAAGCUGCAGACGACAUCGAUGCAGCUGCGGAGGAAGAGAUCAAGUACUACACUGGCCUUGUCAGACGCAAGCAGACUGAACUGAAAGAAAAGUUAGCGGCCGUCACAGCAGCCCGUUCCAAGCAGCUCUCUGCUGCAGCAGACAGUGUUGAGAGCACCUUAGGCUGUCUGUCCAGCACAGUGGACUUCUCACAGAAAGUCGUGGAGCAUGGCAGUGACUUUGACGUCAUGAACGUGUACUGUGACGUCACGGCCCGGCUGGAGUCUCUGCUGAAAGGUCCAACCCCGGACAUUCCUGACGACAUCAGUUACGUCAGGUUUGAGCCCAAGACGGAAAGGCAAAAAAAGAAAAUCAUCCUUGGCGACAUUGUCGAUUCUUCCUUCCGCUCUGCCAAGUUGACCACCCUGGGCGCCAGCGGCCGUCUGGGCCCCACUACCCUGGGUACCCACUACAGGGGACAGGACCAUGAACACCUGGUGACGCUACAUGACGGGAUACAACACUUCACUGUACCGGGGACGGGAACGUACAGCGUAGAGGCAGCGGGUGCUGCUGCAGGGUGGGGUCGAUACAACCCGAAGUCCGUCCGAGGACGGGGUGCCGUACUGAGGGGAACAUUCAACCUCAAACAAGGUGAGACUCUGAAGAUCCUGGUGGGACAAGAAGGUGCUGAGAACAAGAGGAACUGGAGUGUAGGAGGAGGGGGCGGUACAUUUGUCACCAGGGGAGACAACACGCCACUCAUUAUCGCCGGGGGUGGGGGAGGGGCAGGGUAUGGGCUAUCCACCCAUAACCCCCUGUGUGACGGGACUGUGUCCACUACUGGUAACAAGAGUUCUGGAGAAACUGGUUGUAGUGGAGGAUCUAACGGACAGGGGGCGACAGGAUGGGAGGGUGGGUGCAUGGGUGGUGGAGGGGGAGGGCUGCUGACGGAUGGAGGGAGUUCUAAACGGUUUGGAGGUGACAGUUGUCUGGAGGGUGGGGAAGGUGGGAAGGCGUUUGUGAAUGGCGGGGUUGGAGGGAGUGGGGUACGUUAUAAUGCUGAUGGUGGGUUUGGUGGAGGGGGAGGGGGUUAUGGAAACGGUGGUGGAGGAGGUGGGGGGUACUCAGGAGGAGGCAGGGGAAGAAUUAUAACCAAAGUGGUGGAGGAGGUGGCGGUUCGUUUAACUCCGGUACUGACACGAGCGGUCAGGGUGGGCCAGAUUUCCGGCGACUUUCUGGAGUGUACGAUCUGCCUUGAGCCCUACAAGGACCCCAAGAUCCUGCCGUGUCUUCACACCUUCUGUAAGGACUGUCUGGAGAAGUUUGUAGCGAAACAAAGUAAAGUGAAGGACAGGUUUCCGUGCCCAACAUGUCGGAUCGAAACUGUACUUCCGGAAGGCAGUGUCGCCGGGCUCAAAAACAACUUCUUUGUCCUGAGCUUGGGGGACACCGUGGACGCUCACAAGAGUUUGGUUAGCAAGGAAGAUGACAAAGUGUCUUGUGAUGUCUGUGAAGAAGAAGUGGCUACUUGUGGCUGUGCUGUGUGUGAAGAGUUUUUGUGUGACGAAUGUGCUCGUGCCCACCGUCGUGCCAAGCGUACACGUGACCAUGAAGUCAUCGGAGUGGCGAAAUUAAAAGAGCAGCUGAUCACCAAGACGUCAUCGGUCAAAUCGACAUCACUGCCGAUGUGUCCAAAACAUGAAGACGAGAAGCUGAAGUUCUACUGUGAGACGUGCCAGAGUCCCAUCUGCCGAGACUGCACGGUACUGCAGCACAAGGACCACAAGUACGGCUUGCUGGCCGACGUUGUGAGUGACGUCAGGGCAAAGAUCAAAGGCAAACUGGAAGCUACCAUGCCGAAAAUUGAGGAAUACCGAGACGUUGCAGGGCUUGUAGCUGAGAAACAGGCUGAACUGGACACCAGGAGUAAGAAAGCUGCAGACGACAUCGAUGCAGCUGCGGAGGAAGAGAUCAAGUACUACACUGGCCUUGUCAGACGCAAACAGACUGAACUGAAAGAAAAGUUAGCGGUCUUCACAGCAGCCCGUUCCAAGCAGCUCUCUGCUACAGCAGACAGUGUUGAGAGCACCUUAGGCUGUCUGUCCAGCACAGUGGACUUCUCACAGAAAGUCGUGCAGCAUGGCAGUGACUUUGACGUCAUGAACGUGUACUGUGACGUCACGGCCCGGCUGGAGUCUCUGCUGAAAGGUCCAACCCCGGACAUUCCUGACGACAUCAGUUACGUCAGGUUUGAGCCUAGAAAGGAAAGGGAGGAAAGGGAAAUGAUCCUUGGCGACAUUGUCGACUCUUCCUUCCGAACUGCCAAGUUGACCACCCUGGGCGCCAGCGGCCGUCUGGGCCCGACUACCCUGGGUACCCACUACAGGGGACAGGACCAUGAACACCUGGUGACGCUACAUGACGGGAUACAACACUUCACUGUACCGCGGACGGGAACGUACAGCAUAGAGGCAGCGGGUGCUGCUGCAGGGUGGGGUCGGUCCAACCCAAAGUCCGUCCGAGGACGGGGUGCCGUACUGAGGGGAACAUUUAACCUCAAACAAGAUGAAACUCUGAAUGUCCUGGUGGGACAAGAAGGUGCUGGGAACACGGCUCGCUGGGGUGUAGGAGGAGGGGGCGGUACGUUUGUCACCAGGGGAGAUAACACGCCUCUCAUUAUCGCAGGGGGUGGGGGAGGGGCAGGGUGGGGACUACAGACUCAUAACCCCCUGUGUGACGGGACUGUGUCCACUACUGGUAACAAGGCUUAUGGGGGAUCUGGGUGUAGUGGAGGAUCUAAUGGACAGGGGGCGACAGAAUGGAAGGGUAACUUCAUGGGUGGGGGAGGGGAGGGUGUCAUGGCGGAGGCCGUACUCAGCCAGAUUUCGGGCGACUUUCUGGAGUGUACGAUCUGCCUCGAGCCCUAUAAAGACCCCAAGAUCCUGCCGUGUCUUCACACCUUCUGUAAGGGCUGUCUGGAGAAGUUUGUAGCGAAACAAGGUGAGGCGAAGGACAGGUUUCCGUGUCCAACAUGUCGGAUCGAAACUGUACUUCCGGAGGGCGGUGUCGCCGGGCUCAAAAACAACUUCUUUGUCCUGAGCUUGAGGGACACCGUUCAGGCUCACAAGAGUGUAGCUAGUGUGGAAGAAGACAAAGUGUCUUGUGAUGUCUGUGAAGAAGAGGUGGCUACUUGCGGCUGUGCUGUGUGUGAAAAGUUCUUGUGUGAGGAAUGUACUCGUGCCCACCGUCGUGCCAAGCGUACACGUGACCAUGAAGCAGUCGGCGUGGCAGAACUAAAAGAGUGGCUGAUCACCAAGACGUCAUCAACCAAGUCAGGAUCUCUGCCGAUGUGUCCAAAACAUGAAGACGAGAAGCUGAAGUUCUACUGUGAGACGUGCCAGAGUCCCAUCUGCCGGGACUGCACGGUACUGCAGCACAAAGACCACAAGUACGGCUACCUGGCAGACGUUGUGAGUGACGUCAGGGCAAAGAUCAAAGGCAAACUGGAAGCUACCAGGCCGAAAAUUGAGGAAUACAGAGACGCUGCAGGGGUCGUAGCUGAGAAGCAAGCAGAACUGGACACCAGGAGUAAGAAAGCUGCAGACGACAUCGAUGCAGCUGCGGAGGAAGAGAUUAAGUCCUACACUGGCCUUGUCAGACGCAAGCAGACUGAACUGAAAGAAAAGUUAGCGGCCGUCACAGCAGCCCGUUCCAAGCAGCUCUCUGCUACAGCAGACAGUGUUGAGAGCACCUUAGGCUGUCUGUCCAGCACAGUGGACUUCUCACAGAAAGUCGUGGAGCAUGGCAGUGACUUUGACGUCAUGAACGUGUACUCUGACGUCACGGCCCGGCUGGAGUCUCUGCUGAAAGGUCCAACCCCGGACAUUCAUGACGACAUCAGUUACGUCAGGUUUGAGCCUAGGAAGGAAAGGGCGGAAAGGGAAAUGAAACUUGGCGACAUUGUCGACUUUAACUUCCGAUCUGCCAAGUUGACCACCCUGGGCGCCAGUGGCCGUCUGGGCCCCACUACCCUGGGUACCCACUACAGGGGACAGGACCAUGAACACCUGGUGACGCUACAUGACGGGAUACAACACUUCACUGUACCGCGGACGGGAACGUACAGCAUAGAGACAGCGGGUGCUGCUGCAGGGUGGGGUCUAUACAACCCGAAGUCCGCCCGAGGACGGGGUGCCGUACUGAGGGGAACAUUUAACCUCAAACAAGGUGAAAACCUGAAGAUCCUGGUGGGACAAGAAGGUGCUGAGAACACAGUUGACUGGAGUGUAGGAGGAGGGGGCGGUACGUUUGUCACCAGGGGAGACAACACGCCACUCAUUAUCGCCGGGGGUGGGGGAGGGGCGGGGUAUAAUCUACAGACCCAUAACCGCCUGUGUGACGGGACUGUGUCCACUACUGGUAACAAGAGUUAUGGAGGAACUGGUUGUAGUGGAGGAUCUAACGGACAGGGGGCGAUAGAAUGGAAGGGUAACCACAUGGGUGGGGGAGGGGGAGGGCUGCUGACGGAUGGAGGGAGUUCUAAACAGUUUGGAGGCGACAGUUGUGUGCUCGGUGGGGAAGGUGGGAAGGCGUUUGUGAAUGGCGGGGUUGGAGGACGUGGGGAGUAUAGUAAUGCUGGUGGUGGGUUUGGUGGAGGGGGAGGGAGUUAUGGGGCCGGUGGUGGAGGAGGUGGGGGAGGGGGGUACUCAGGGGGAUGCAGGGGAGAGAGUCGUAUCCCAAAUGGCGGAGGAGGAGGCGGUUCGUUUAACUCCGGUACUGACACGAGCGGUCAGGAUGGGGCAAACGACGGACCCGGGUAUGUGGUCAUCACCAGACAGGUGUAGAUACUGAAACGUAACAUUUGUAGUCACAAUCUCAAGAGGAGUGUAGAUUAACAU